CAGCAGGAUUGGACAUGAAAUUGUCAGACGGUCCCUGGGUGGGUGGGCGUUUCUCCUGUUGAAGGAAAAAAAACUGCAUCAUCCUAAUCACAAACACAAGUCGCCAGCGAUCAGAAAGCCGUGUGGGAUAUGGUCCAGUUCUGAUGGCGCAGUUGGAGCUGUUUGAGACCAGGACGCCGCCCGCAGAGGCCCGGCCCGUUGAGCUGGAUGUGUUGGGGUUCUUGGAUUCAUUCGGGGAGGAAAACAGCACGGCAGAGAGAUGCUUCCGCUCACACUCUCGCAGCAGCGUCCUCCAGGGUCUGCCCUUUGGUGGGGUGCCCACAGUCCUCCUCAUAAACGUGGUGCUUUGGAUGAUGUUACUGCUCGUCUUUUCCUGUUUGAGGAAAGCGGCGUGGGACUACGGCCGACUGGCUCUGCUGAUGGAGAACGACAGUCUCACGUCCCUGUUUUAUGGAGAACCAAGUGAGAAAGAGAAAUCUCCUUCAGAAUCGAGUCCCUCGGACUCUGAGACCAAGGACAUGGGCUUCUGCUCAUGGCUUUCAUCUCUUUACCAUAUGAAGGAUGAGGAGAUCCGUAGCAAAUGUGGCAUUGACGCCGUCACGUACCUGUCCUUCCAGCGCCACAUCCUGCUGCUCAUGACAGUGGUGUCCCUGCUGUCUUUGGCCGUCAUCCUUCCGGUCAACUUUUCUGGGAAUCUUCAAGGAGACGGUCCUGAAAACUUUGGAAGAACAACUCUGGCUAACGUUAGCGCAAAGGACAGCUUUCUCUGGCUGCACAGCAUCUUUGCUCUGGUUUACUUCAUCAUCACUUUGCUGUGCAUGGCUCACCACUCGACGCGGCUGGAGUUCAGAGGAGAUGAGAAGGUGUCCAGGACCCUGAUGAUCACCUCCAUCCCCAGAGAAAUCUCCGACCCGGGACUCAUCACCAAACACUUUCAUGAGGCCUACCCCAGCUGCACCGUCACCGACAUCCGCUUCUGCUUUGAUGUCCACAAGCUGAUGAAGCUGGACCUGGAGCGGCGGAAGGCAAUGAAAGGCAGGUUGUAUUUCACCACGAAGGCCCAAAAGGAAGGAAAGGUCAUGAUCAUGACCCAUCCGUGCGCUCAGAUCUUCUGCUGUGACAUAUGUGGCUUUGAAAAGGUUGAUGCAGAACAGUACUACAGCGAGUUAGAGGAGAAGCGGACUGAUGAGUUUAACGCCGAGAAGAACCGCAUCACCAUGAAGAGGCUGGGCAUCGCCUUUGUGACUUUUCGAGAUGAGAGGAUGACAGCUGUCAUUGUGAAGGACUAUAGUCGUGUGCACUGUCGACGCAGACCUCAGCAGUCCAGCGUCACCACAGUGGUGCAAUCGCACAAGUGGGGUGUCAGCUAUGCACCUGCUCCCAGUGACAUCAUCUGGGAAAACCUGUCGGUGUGUGGCUCACGCUGGUGGCUCCGUUGCGUCCUCCUCAACAUCCUCCUCUUCCUGCUGCUCUUCUUCUUCACCACUCCCGCCAUCAUCGUCAACACCAUGGAUAAGUUCAACGUCACCAGGCCCAUGGAGAGUUUGAGGAGCCCAGUUAUCACCCAGUUCCUUCCAACCCUCCUGCUGUGGAUGUUUUCAGUGCUGCUGCCUUUCAUCGUCUAUUACUCCGCCUUCUUUGAGUCCCACUGGACCAGGUCUGUUGAGAACCAGGUGACGAUGCACAAGUGCUUUUUGCUGCUGGUGUUCAUGGUCAUCAUCCUCCCCUCACUCGGUCUGUCAAGCCUCGACCUCUUCUUCGCCUGGCUUUUUGAUGUCAACUUCCUGGAUGAAAAGGAGAUCAAAUUCCAGUGUGUGUUUCUUCCUGACAAUGGAGCGUUUUUUGUGAACUACGUCAUCACCUCCAGUUUGAUCGGCACAUCCAUGGAGCUGCUUCGAAUUCCCGCGCUGACGGUCUACGCCCUUCGCCUCUGCUUUGCAAAAUCCCAGGCUGAGCGGAUUCACGUGAAAAGGAGUCAAGCAUACGAGUUUCAGUUUGGUCUGGAGUAUGCGUGGACCAUGUGUAUCUUUGCUGUCAGUAUGACCUACAGCAUCACAUGUCCCAUCAUCGCGCCCUUUGGUCUUCUUUAUGUAAUCCUGAAACACAUGGUGGACAGAUACAACAUCUACUAUGCAUACGUUCCCACCAAACUCAACCAGAAGAUCCACAGAGCAGCCAUCAGUCAGGUCAUCGUGGCUCCCAGUCUCUGCAUGUUCUGGCUGCUCUUCUUCUCAGUACUCAGAUUAGGUCCAGUUCAUCCCAUCACCUUGUUCACAUCUGUGUCUCUCAUCUUCUGCGUUGCCUGUUAUCUUUUCCGCAUGUGCCUUGAAAAGACGCCAAACAAGUCAACAAGCUACCAGAUGUCAGAUCAAGCAGCUGCAGGAAUGUUCACCGAUUCAGACAGGACCGCCACAACGUCCACCACCGCCUCCAACCUGUUUGUAGCGUCCGUCUUGCUGGAGCCGGAGCUGGCUUUAACUCCGAUGCCCUCUCCAGCUCACCACGGAUACGGCGCCAUGGCGAGUUCCCAGAGUUCAGGUCACGGCCCAGUGGCGGGAGGGGAGGCUGAGGAAGAGGAACACACCCAGACUCGUGAGACUGAGCUCCAGGACCCUGCGGACCUCUGUGUCUCCAGCCCGCUCAUUGGCAGCCCUGUUAUUUUCCAGUGACACCAACCCCCUCCCCCUGAAACUAAAGAGUUCAAUGCUGGAAUGCUGCAUUUUCAUCACCGACCCCCUCAGGCUCUAAUUUGGCAGCAUGUGCUUUUUUGAAGGGAUGAGGAAAACUGGAGCUGAACCCAACAGAAUUAAAGAAGUCAGCAAAUGUUUCAAAGGCACAUCGAGAAACGAUAACAACAAGCUAAUUUACAGAUAAAAUAACGCAAACUCCUAAAGCUGUCUCCAGCUGGCUUCAUUUGCAAGAUAAAUAGGUGGAAUUGGAGAGACGACGUCCAUGCUGUGCCUCUUGAACAUGAGCUUGGGGGGGUGAAAGUUCCCUACUGAGUGGGUGGUGUGAGCAGGCUUGCCCCGGCAGACUGUCAGAGUGGUCCGGCCAUGGGUGAUAUGUGCUUCCUCUGUGAGACUGAAAGUGAGGGCAGCGAGUUGUGAAGCCAUCUGCAGCGAGAGAGCAGACAGACGGAGGGCCGAAUGCAACUCUGAGAUGUACUGACGCAUAUUCUCACCGCCAAGGCGUAAAGCAGCUUCUCUGAGCCUAUAGCUCCUUGUAAUUUCUUUCAAUUUAAGGUUGCUAUUUUUGCUACAAUAUUUUUGAUGUAUUUGAUGUUGUGAGUUGGGCUGGGGGGGUGUUAAAUAUUCUGAUAGGGAUUUGUACAUAAUCCAUUUGUAUUUCUUUUCUUAUUUAAUAGCCUAAUAUUUUUGGAAAAGUGCUAAUUGACUUUGUUGCUAUGAGUCUGAUUGUAAAUACACUGUAAGAAAGGGAAUGUAGAAUUUAUUUAAACAUGUUAUGUAAACUAACCUAGUUGCUUAAAUAUAAAGAGUAAUAUACGUUUACUUUUACUAUAACAAUGUAUAUUAGUUUUAAAAUUUACAUAACUAGGUUUAGAGCAAUCGGUCGACACAACUUGAUUAAGUAAAUUCAACAUUUAUUUCUUACAGUGUAUCUGGUGUGGUGGACGAAGACAUCUCUCGUCAAGGUCUACUUUUAUGUUGCACUUUUAUAGAAAGCAACAAAAUUAUAUAUAUUUUUUGUCUUUUGUGUUCUUUAGGCUGACUUUAUUCUGUGUGGUUUUGCUUUCAGAAAAACAGACAAUCAGGAAAACCAAAUGGAAUAGAAAACAUUUUGAUAUAAAGUCUAAAAUAGGUUUGAAAUGCUAAAACAAGCUUGUGGGUCAUGACUAAAACCUGGCUUUCGCAGUGUUUCAUAUUUAAACAGAAAAAGAAAAGGAAGGGUUUCAAUUUAAUUUAAAAUGUUUAGAAAAAGUUGACAUCCUAUUUCUAGGAAAAUGUUGCCAAUAAAAACAUUUCAGCAAUUCUAUAAUAUUUCAGUUUGUCUAAUUAUUGUACUAAAUAUUGACAAUGUGUUUACAGUUAGCUAAAAGAGUCAAGGUUGUGUCUUUUAGCUACUUCUAGCGGUCGUUACAUUUUUCACAGUAAAAGAAGUUAAGAUAAAUGUAGUAAAUUUGAAAAUAAGUGAGAAUACGUUUCACAAAACACACACACACAAACAACUGAAACUGGUAAAAUAGUUUCUUCAAUGAAACAUUCAGAGUUUUUUUCUGUUUAAGACUCUUAUUGUGAAGCUUUUUAUUUUUUUUAACUUCCUCUGCGGAAGCUGCACCAGAAGUAGCCAGAAGGUUGUAUCUUGAUGUUUAUAAAAUGUCUCGUUUUUAUAGAAAACAUUAUUUACGACAAUGAUUUUAUUAACAAAUGCAGUCGGUUCGUUUCCAUGGACUUUACUGGAUUGAAUUUAUUUUUAUUUUUUUACAUUUUGUCUAUUUCUUUUCACGUGGCCCUAACAAGCAUCAUAGAAACCAACUUCAGAAAUUAGUUCCCAAAAUUCUGAAUUAUUAUUUUCUGUUAUGAGAAAUGUGUAAAAACCAAAGCAUACACAAAACAAAUGAAAUUUAUCCUUGAAAAUCUUCAAAUCUUCUCAAAAUGGGAAAUAUUUUAAACCAGUUCCACAUGUUGCCAGAAGUCCCAGGGCCAGUUCUAGACUGGCACAUUUGAGGGGCAGCGCCCCCUUCUUGCCCCAGUGCAGAAGCGGCCUUGAGAAGCCCUCGUGUACACAAAUGUACAUUUUUUCAAGGAUGCAUUCAUAUUUCCUGACCAGAGAAGCUUAUUGAAUCCCUAAUUUGUAUAAAUGGUAUCAAAAAAUGUCGAUACAAAACAUGUUUAUAGCUUUGUUGCAAAUGCAAACAAUAAAAUCAAAUCAAUGUCAUGGUAAACUCAAA